AUGGCCCGCGAUGCUAUCGCCGGAGAGCCUCAUAUACCAGGUACUGUCCAUCUGGUCGAUCUUGAUGGCACCAUGCACGCGCAGCAUGCUCGAGGUGGACAAAGAGAUAUCGUGCUGGUUCCGACUCCCUCACAAGACCCUGAUGAUCCAUUGAACUGGUCGCCUCGGAGGAAAACACUAUCAAUGGUCUGCAUGGGCGUCUACACGCUGAUGGUGGGAAUCGCGAGUGCGGCAAUCUACUCAAUUUUGGAACCUAUUGCUGAGGAGACCAAUCUGACGCUGAACGAAUUGAACAAUGGCACUGNNGGUCAUGAAAGAGGAAAAUACCUUGGUCUCUACGCACUUCUUCUCGCAGGCUCCAACUUCCUCGCACCAGUGCUUGCUGGCUUCAUAGCGGACGGUCAAAGCUGGCGAUGGGUGCUCUACUGGUGCGCUAUUUUCUGUGGAGCAGGAUUCGUCUUUCUUUUCUUUUUCUUGGAGGAGACGAACUACUCUAGGCAUUCCAUCACGGGAGUGACGCCUGUUGUUGGCGCCCAGCCGGAUAAAACAUCUAUGGCAUCCAAGGCAAACGAGAAGAUGGCUCGCCCGCAUGACCGUAAUUCAGUCUCGGAAGAUGGAUCACCUGUACCCAACGAAGAUUUCAAGCAGAAGACAUACCUGGACAAGAUCAAGUUGUGGCAAGCUUCUGACUUGAAGAAAGAAAAUCAUAUUGCUGGUAUGGUAGCCCGACCCCUCAUUUUCCUUACCUUCCCUGUCAUAUUCUAUGCUGGAUUCUCUUACGGGAGCAAUCUAAUCUGGUUCAACGUACUCAAUGGAACCGCUUCGUCAAUUCUUGGAAACACUCCCUACAACUUCUCGCCCAGUAUGGUCGGUCUUUCGUAUAUAUCUCCACUCAUCGGUGUGGCCAUUGGAUCGUUUUACACCGGAGUGAUCGGCGACAAGAUUGUUCUUGCAAUGGCACGACGUAACGGAGGUAUCCUCGAGAGUGAGCACAGACUCUGGCUGUUCCUGCCGUCCUUGCUUCUUAUCCCCGGUGGCUUGAUACUUUGGGGUGUUGGUGCGGCACAGCACAUAAUGUGGUUUGGUUGUGUCUUUGCAAUGGGCGUUAUUGCUUUGACCAAUACCAUCGGCAUCCAGCUGAGUAUCUCGUAUGCUGUCGACUCGUACAAAGAUCUUGGAGGAGAAGCAAUUGUCACUGUCAUACUGGUUCGCAACACGAUGAGUUUUGCUAUCGGCUAUGGCAUCACUCCCUGGAUUGACGGCAUGGGUCUGCAGAACGCCUUUAUCCUUGCCGCUUUCGCAGGCCUUGCACAGUGUCUGACCUUCUUUGUCAUGGUUAAGUGGGGCAAGGAGCUCAGAAGAAACAGUGCAAGCAAGUAUGCAAAGUAUGUCCAGAAGAUGGCACAAAGCGGUCUUGUGCACUAG